AUGUCGACCUCCGAGAGCAGCGCAACCCUGCUGCACCGGGUGCAGGCCCAGAGCCUGCUCCUCUGGCGCACCCUCUUCUCCCACUGUGCCCUGCUGCUGGCGGCUUAUGAGCGGCUUGUGGCAGCGCUGGCAGGGGCAGUGGUCGGCAGCGUGGAGGGUCUGGCCAAGGGGCUGUCCAGGGCCAGCGAGCCGCUGCUUCCCCCACCGCCGGCGGCCAGUCGCGCGCCGCACGCCACGCCGGCAGCUGUGCCGGCAGCUGCCGACAGCACGCCCCCACCUGCCACCCCCGAGCCCGCCGUCCCUCCCGCCGCCAGCGUGCCGGCCGGCAAGAUGGCCAGCCAGACCGCCAUCCUAGAAGGCCCUGCCACACCCGCCCCAACUUCGGUCGCAUCCACCGGCCCGGGCCACCAUAACGGCGACUGCGCACCUGCCAGGCUGGCGUCCUUCCCUGUGGCGAUCGACAGCUGCCCCAGCUCUGCUGCCAGCAGCAGGCAGGGCGAGGCCAGCCCCGAUCUGGAGGUGCCUGCUGCCAUCCCCAGUCCCAGCCCCCAGGCGGGCAAGAAAAAGAAGCGGGGAUCCAUCCGUGGACCCUUGCACAAGGCGGGCAAGGAGAUGAAAAAGGCGCUGGGGCUGCAGUAG